AUGCGGUUGGUGAAUGGGACAGAUCCAUGUUCUGGAAGAGUUGAACUUAAUUACAAAGACAUUUGGGGAGCAGUUUGUGAUGAUGAGUGGGACAUAGAGGAUGCGAACGUUGCUUGUAAGCAAAUGGGCUGUGGACCAGCCAGUUCAGCUCCUGGGAGUGCUCAGUUUGGAGAAGCCACUGGAAUGUUCUGGUUGGAUGACGUUGAGUGUAAAGGGCAUGAGUCGAACUUGUUCCAGUGUCCAUCAAGCCCAGUUGGAAAACACAACUGCAACGCAGGAGAGGCAGCGUCUGUUACUUGCUUAGAUCCGAUUUCACUGCGAUUCAUGAAUGGGACGGACAAGUGUUCUGGGAGAGUUGAGGUCUAUUAUAACAACAGUUGGACAGCCAUCUGUGACAAUGGUUGGGACAUAGAUGAUGCCAAUGUCGUUUGCCGUCAACUGGGCUGUGGGCGAGCCAGAUCAGCUCCAGGGGGUGCCCAUUUUGGCAUGGAACCUGGAGACUUCUGGUCAUAUACAGUCAAAUGUAAAGGAACUGAGUCCAACCUCAUCCAAUGUCAAGCAACUUCAAUGGAAGGAGGCCAUUGCAGUUUGGGAUACGCAGCUUCUGUUAUUUGUUCAGGUCUUUAUUCCAUUGAACAGCUAUUUCGCCUCUGCCUUGCAGCUGCUGUUUUGGUUCUGCUCACAAUCUUUCUUGUAUUGGAACUGAGAAGAAAAUCCUAG